UUGAGAACCACUGGUUUAGAGCAAGGAAGGGCUUACUGAUACUUCCAGGAAGAUUCACGGCCAGCUAACAUGGCAGGUGAGAAGGACAUGAGCCAGAACUCUUCAUUCUACUGACACCCUCCUCCUCACCUCCUCUUUUCCCAAGAGUGCCCAGCUCGCUAGCUGUGAGAAGUCCUAGAGAAGAAGGGGAGGUGGGAGAGAGCGCCCCUGGCCAGGAGCUCCGGUUUGUGGAGCCAGCCUCCCAGGAUGCCAGCCCCACUGAGCAACAUGGAUGAGUUAGGGAAGCUGAAGAACAUGACGGUGGAUGAGUGUUUCCAGGCUCGGAGCACAGUCCUCCAGGGGCAGCCCUUUGGGGGUGUCCCCACCGUGCUGUUCCUCAAUAUCGGCCUGUGGGUGCUCGUCCUUCUGAUUUACUCCUUCCUCCGAAAAGCUGCCUGGGACUACGGGCGCCUGGCCCUGCUGAUACACAAUGACAGCAUGACCUCACUGAUCUACGGGGAGCAAAGUGAGAAGACCUCUCCCUCGGAGAUUUCACUGGAGAUGGAGCGCAGGGACAAGGGCUUCUGUUCCUGGUUCUUCAACAGUCUGACCAUGAAGGACAAGGAUCUGGUCAACAAGUGUGGGGAUGACGCGCGUAUCUACGUCACAUUCCAGUACCACCUCAUCAUCUUCAUGCUCAUCAUCUGCAUCCCCUCCCUGGGCGUUGUCCUGCCCAUCAACUACACUGGGAAUGUUCUGGAGUGGAGUAGUCACUUUGGUCGGACCACUAUUGUCAAUGUCCCCACAGAGAGCAAGCUGCUCUGGCUGCACAGCCUCCUGUCUUUCCUGUACUUCAUCACCAACUUCUUUUUCAUGGGCCAUCACACCUACGGGUUUUUUCCCAAGAAGAGCCAAAAGGUCACAAGGACAUUAAUGAUCACCUAUGUUCCCAAAGACAUCCAAGAUCCAGAAAUCAUCAUGAGGCAUUUUCACGAGGCCUAUCCAGGGUGCAUGGUGACCAGAGUCCACUUCUGCUAUGACGUCAGGACCCUGAUCGACUUAGAUGAUCUGAGGCGCCACGCCAUGCGAGGCCGACUCUACUAUACAGCCAGGGCCAAGAAGACCGGGAAAGUGAUGAUUAGGACCCAUCCUUGCUCCCGCUUGUGCUUCUGCAAGUGCUGGCCCUGUUUCAAGGAGGUAGACGCAGAGCAGUACUACAGUGAGCUGGAGGAGCAGCUGACUGAUGAGUUCAAUGAAGAGCUCAACCGUGUCCUACUGAAGCGACUUGACCUGAUCUUUGUCACCUUCCAGGAUGCGAGUAUGGCAAAGCGCGUCCGGGAUGAUUACAAGUACAUCCAGUGUGGCAUGCACCCUCAGCAGUCCUCGGUGACUACCAUCGUCAAGUCCCACUGCUGGAGGGUCACUGUUGCCCCACACCCCAAAGACAUUGUCUGGAAACACCUGUCUGUCCGCCGCUUCUUUUGGUGGGCCCGCUUUAUUGCAAUCAACACCUUCCUCUUCUUCCUCUUCUUCUUCCUCACCACGCCUGCUAUCAUCAUAAACACCAUCGACAUGUACAACGUCACCCGCCCCAUCGAGAACCUGCAGAGCCCGAUCGUGACCCAGUUCUUCCCCUCCGUGAUGCUCUGGGCCUUCACGGUGAUACUGCCCCUGAUCGUCUACUUCUCUGCCUUCCUAGAGGCUCACUGGACCAGAUCAAGUCAAAAUCUGAUCAUAGUGCACAAGUGCUACAUAUUUCUGGUGUUCAUGGUGGUCAUUUUGCCCUCUAUGGGACUGACCAGUUUGAAUGUCUUUUUCCGCUGGCUGUUUGACAUCUACUAUCUAGAGCAUGCAUCCAUCAGGUUCCAGUGUGUGUUCCUGCCCGACAAUGGUGCCUUCUUCGUCAAUUAUGUGAUCACGGCAGCUUUCCUUGGCACAGGCAUGGACCUGCUGCGCCUGGGGUCACUCUGCUGGUACAGCACCCGCCUCUUCUUCUCCAGGUCGGAGCCAGAGAGAGUCCACAUCAGAAAGAACCAGGCCAUAGACUUCCAGUAUGGGCGGGAGUACGCGUGGAUGAUGAACGUCUUCACCGUGGUGAUGGGAUACAGCAUUACUUGUCCCAUCAUUGUCCCUUUCGGGCUGAUCUACCUGAGCCUGAAGCAUUUAACAGAUCGCUAUAACAUGUACUACUCCUUUGCACCCACCAAACUGAACGAGCAGAUCCACAUGGCUGCUGUCUCCCAGGCCAUCUUCGCGCCACUGCUGGGCCUGUUCUGGAUGCUCUUCUUCUCCAUCUUGCGGUUAGGUAUCCUCCACACCAUCACCAUUUUUUCCAUGACCAACCUCCUCAUUUCCACAAUAAUUGCUUUUCUUGGCAUCUUUCUGGGUAGGUUUUGGAUGACCACUGACGUCCCGACUGAGGAGGAGGAGAUCCAGACAGUGUUUGACGUGGAGCCAAGCAGCACCUCCUCCACACCCACCUCCCUUCAGCUGUAUGUGGCCACUGUGCUGCAAGAGCCGGAGUUGAAUCUGACCCCAGCCUCCUCCCCAGCCAGACACACCUACGGCACCAUGAACAGCCAGCCGCCAGAAGAAGGCGAAGAGGAGAGUGGUCUGAGUGGCUUCACGAGGGAGCACAAAUCAUCCGAGUUCCAGGAAGGGCUGGAGCUAGAGGGCCAGAGCCAGUACCACUGAUGAGGACCCCAGGCCUCUGCUGGUGACCCAGGGGAGGGUCUGGCAGGGGGAGGCAGGAGGGUGGCCUAAACCUCCCCACUACCUGCUGCAGACUUUGGGAAGCCCCCAGUAGAGACAUCUGCUGCCCUAGCUACAGCUACAUGGAGGCCCCGACCUGCUGAUCAGUUGGAACUGGAGGUGCUGGGCAGGACAGAGGGAGCCUGCAUGAGAUGGAGGAUACAGGCAAGCACGGUCUUGGGAGGGGUGGCUGAAGCUGUGAUCCCUUCCUGGGAUUGAGACGGAGGAGGCACGCACCAGGGAGGAGGCAAAAGGAAGCCUGUCGAAGGCUCUCCAGGGUCAUCACCAGCUGCCCUUCCAAGGAGCUUCUGCAGCUGCUCCCCCUACCUCCGACUCCUUGCUCCCCAGCACUGAGCUUCAGUAUGAGACACAGAUGACCAUCUGGAAAGAAAAAGUUUCUGCACCCAUCGACCUGAAAAGAGGUGACUGAGCCCCUUCCUGUUACUCUGCCCCUUGACAGACGUCUGAGGAGCUGCAGAAUAGAGGCCCUUCUCCUUUCCAUUCUUACAGGGGUAGAUGAGGUCACCUGGGGCUCAUUAAACGAGACCUGUGUGCAUUUUGAAGAAGGAAGCCUUGGCUGGUCCUUGCUCUGGGUACUGUGAGGUGGGAGGGGCAGAGACAGAAUUCUUGGAGUGGGGUCUUCUCCCCCAAACCCUGAGUGGUAGGAAACCAGACAUACUCCCCUAAGCCCCAGGUUCUAAUGAGAAGAUCCCCGAAGCCAAGGAUGUGGCCACUAAGAGCUUCUCUUGCCUCAUUCUCCUCUGAGUGCCUAGACCCUCUGCUUGGCCAAGAUGGGCAGCAGCUUGGGUAAGAAACCCAUGUUUCCAACAGGACUGGCCACCCCCUGCCCCAAGUAUGUAGGACCUUUCAUCCCCUCUCAGGGCUGCCCCGCACCAUGCCCUGCAUCCAAGUGGCCUCCAGUGUGGCCCUUGUUCAAACCCUGCAAAUGCCUCAACAGUGACAUCACCCCCAGGCCUGCUGGGGGAGGGGUGGGGUGAAGAAGCCCUUUUUGGUGAAGCAAGGCCACCACACCCCCAGAGCUGCCACCACCUGAGACCCAGCUGAGCAGAAUCCUGAGCAAUGCUGAUGACACCCAGCACCUUUGCCAUAGCUGGCAGAGGACAGGCCUGCAUCAGGACCACCAUGAAGCCCAGCUGAGGAGGACUUGGAGAAGGGCUGGCUGGGGUCUCAGUAAACCAGAACUCACCAAGUUGAAUGGGGUCUGCAUGUUCCAAAGCCCUCUCCAAGGUCUGGGUUCCUGCUGACAACCUGCUGGUAGUGGGCCAAGGCUCACCUCACCUGAACAUUUCCACCAGGCCCCAGGCACAUGGCUGCCCCAAACUCAGAUCACCUGGGCCUUGUUCUUGUAUUACCUUUGCUGACAUCCCAGCCCCAGAAGCUCCAAGCUCCAAGCUCCAGCACAGACCAGAAAUAGUACUCAAGGGAUGGAUAUUGCCAAACUUUGGCAUGGGGGAUCUUUCCAGAGAAGUUGGGUAGGCUGGGGAGAUGGCUGUCUUUCUCAUUCCUUGUCCAACUAGGAAUAAGGGAGAAAUUAUAUCCAGCCUGGCCUCCUCCCAGAAUUCCACCAACCAACAAAGAGAAAGGCCCCUUCCAUAGCAGAGCAGCUGGGCCCAGCAGGGAAGCUGCCCACAGUGGGGAGAUGGCCAACUCCUGGCCCUGCCCAGCCCUAUAGUGUGAAUUGGGUGGGGGGGGUCCUGCCAGAAGUUGGCCUGGGACCCCUCCUUCUCUAGCAUUCCUUGCUGGCAGCUGCAGUCCCUGCUGGUUCUGCCCUUUGUCUGCUGCCCACCUCCCCCUGUAGCCCUCAGAAGCUAUGUAUGGGAAGGGUCUUGGUGGCUGGGAGCAGUCUGGCUCUGUGAGGAGGUGGUGCCAAUGUUGAGAGUUCCAGAGUCCACUCUUAGGCAAACUAGGAGGCUCCACCACAGCUGGCUCUAUCUGGAUCUCCCACGGUCACUCCAGGGUGGUGGUGGGGAGUCCUUUAGUUCCCCCAUGACACAUCCAGGCUCUCCUAGGAGCCUCCUCCCUUGGCCCACACCUGUCUCACCUGCUGGCCUCUACCUACCACAGUCUCCCCUGCCCAUCUUCUCAGCCUCCUCCAAUCCAUCCACCAAAGCGCCAAAUGUGAUCCCUUCUGGAGGGAGCUGAUUCCCAUGGGGCCUCCCAGUAUUGUUUAGACUAGAGCCUCUGAGGGGGCCUUCCUGGGGCAUGAGCAGGCCCACACUUGCCUGCCCAGCCUCCAGCUGCCUCUGGGAGCAAAGUGCCUAUCAGCAGCAUUUCGUCCUCUGGGGCCUCGGUGAGGGGUGUGGACUAACUUUGGCCACCACUACAGGAAUGUGCCAGAAUGCUGAACCUUCUCGUUAUUAAUGCUAUGACUGUGCCUUGAAUAAACAAGCCCUCCCGA